CACUUUUGUCAUACAGUUGUCUCUUGGCAGAGCCUGGAGCAAUGCUGUGUAGCAUGGGACGGUGAUGGAGAGCAAGCCGGACAGCAAAGACAGGCGAAUCGUCAGUGCCGAAUCUCUGGAGAGGCUGGUGGCUCGUCUCGGUGAUCCCCGGUUUGCCGGAUCAGACUUUUUGUGGACUCUCUUGCUGACAUAUAGAUACUUCACAACAGGAGAAGAAUUGGUAACAGCUCUUGUCAGGUCUUACAGGGAACAGCGAGACGAAACUGAUCCCAGCUUUGAUGAGGAUACGCUGUUCUAUUUUCCUGGCUCCGAUGACGAUUUGACAGACAAUGGGAGUGUUGGAGGAGUUCAGAGUAGCGGCAGUUUGUCAUCGAGUAUCAGCAGUUUGUCUGACCCACGCUUGGCUGCUGUAAACAGUCCGCGCCCGUCAGAUUUGCAGUCACCCACUGACGACUUCGCAGGAGGGUCUGUAGCUCCUUCUGAAUCGCGGACGUCGAUUCUGUCAAAAUUUAAACCCCGUGCACCAAGUUUAGCCUCCGAGCGAACUUUACAACAAGUCAGCGACCAAUUGUGUCUGUCUCAAAGUUCGCUGGGUUUACCAGGCAAGUCGGGACCUUCCAAAGUGAAGCAUUUGUUCUCUAACAUUCGCAGUCGCUAUAGGACCUCUGUGACAGAUUCCCACGUGGAUAGUCUGAAUGAUGACAACAUCAGCAUAGCUUCUACGUCCAGUACAUGUAGUACUACACACCAUGGAGUAGCUAGAUGCUCCACGCUCACGCUGAGAGUGUUCAACAUUUUCAAACAGUGGAUGAGAAAUUUCCCGGAGGACUUCCAGACGUACCCAGAGCUGCUGGUACUGGUCAAGGACUUCUUCCACGAUGUGGUGACCAAUUCACCGGCCACUGACGUGCCGCUUGCCAAGCAGCUACUGCGCCAUCCGAUCCUGGAUAGGAACACGCUUGCGUCGUGUGUGAUGGCGCCGCGAACGCCUGACGAUUGUGUUAUUGUGCAGGAGUUUGACUCGUUAUCUGCUCGUGGCCUAGCCGAGGCGCUGACGAUCGCUGCCCACCAGCACUACUGUGCCAUCAAGGCCAGCGAGUUUGCGCGUAGAGCCUGGAAACGCUCCAACAAAGAAGAUGCAGCGCCAAACAUUGUCUCCGCUAUCACCCGCUGCAAUUGGGUGUCAAACUGGGUAGCAACCGAGAUCAUUCGAGGAGACUCCCCAUUGGAACGCGCUGAACUGAUCGAGAAGUUCAUCCGCCUGGCAACUUUCUGCCUGGAGAUGAAUAACUUCAAUGACACACUGCUUGUUGUGUACAGCUUGCAAACGUCUGCAAUUAAGCGCUUGGAAAAGAGUUGGAAGCAGCUACCAGAGAAGGUCCUGAAGAUGUUCCUUGUCGUCGAAGAGCUGGCAGAUCCGGCCGAGAAGUGCACUUGCAUGCGCGAGCGACUCAGCUCAUCCAAUCCACCGUGUGUACCUUAUCUUGGUGCAUUCCUAGAUCUCAUCUACAGUUCGGACGUUAGCUUGCAGACGUUCACGUCACAGGGCCUGGUCAAUUACUCAAAGCUGUCCAAGAUCUCCGAGAUAGUGCGGGGCAUUCUUCUCUUUCAGCAAGAGCCAUACCCAUUCAAGGCGGAGGAUGAGAUAGAUCAGUACCUCAAGAAUGUCAAGGUCAUGAAUGACGACGAAGUGUAUGCACUGUCCGUUGCCAAGGAGCCGAAGCCGAGUACUGUGUGAGUGCAUGGGGUGUGUUUGUUCGCUGUUUGUAGAUCUUCUGUGUGUUCAUAGGGCUUUUUCGUUGAUUUGAUAAUUCUAGCCAACCUCAUGCUUACAUGCUCCAUGAAAUCUGCAUCUCUAUUUUCACUGAUCAAAAGGUUCAGAUAUACUUUCCAUGUUCAUAUAUUUUAUAUACAUAUGUUACUAUAAUCAAUCUCCGUCCUAUACUCCUUAUAUCGCCCAUACCUCCUAACUGUUUGUUUCCGGCCUCGGCAACUGCGACUUUAUCGAGACAUUAUUUAUCAUGCUCAGGGUAGUUUCUUAGAAUCAAACUGAACACAUCUCAUUCUAAAUAGAAGCCACGAACUGUACUAAAGCAGCAUUCUAUGUCCGCUUUUCUUUGAAUCAGAUCACGUGCCAGUGAUGUCAAACUCUAUCCUUACUGGUUACCCCUGCCCGCCUCUCCAUGGCACUGCUCUAACAAGCAAUGCUGGCGUGUCACGAAUGAAACCCAUGCAGCUCCCACCUGUAUCAGUGGUGGCUGCUGUGCCUGUACCCUCCUGCAGUGGAUGUGUUGUGCCAUGUGCCGACGGUUGUCACCUUGCGUUGGCCAAGGCUAGCCGAGUGAUUGGCUGGAUUACUGAUACUCUGCUGUGGAAAGCUCCACGCAAU